AUGGCAGAGGAGGACAUUGCAGUUACCAAAUUUAGAGAAUAUAUUCGUAUCGAUACGGAACACCCGAAUCCAGACUAUGAGAAAUGUAAGGAUUUUUUACUCGAUCUGGCUGGCGAAAUCUCCAUACCAGCUAAAGCUGUUUAUACCGAUGCAACACAUCCUUUUGUGAUCAUGACUAUCCCCGGAAGCAAACCCGAUCUCCCAUCCGUUAUGCUCUACUCACAUACGGACGUAGUGCCAACCUUUAAGGAGCAUUGGACAUAUGAUCCUUAUUCGGCUCAUAAAGAUGAAGAAGGGAACAUCUAUGGACGUGGAACACAAGAUAUGAAAUGUGUCGGAUCUCAAUACUUUGAGGCCAUUCGACGUCAUUUCUUGAGAGGCAAGAAACAAUGGACUAGAACUAUUCACAUUGUUUGGGGACCUGAUGAGGAAGUUGGUGGACCGAUGGGAAUGGCUGCCUUCCGUUUCACCGAAGACUUUAAAGCCCUUAACAUUGGCUUUGUUUUGGAUGAAGGCUUAGCCACCGAGGAAACAACAUAUAAAGUUUACUAUGCAGAGAGGUGUCCAUGGUGGGUAAGAAUUACUUGCGAAGGAAACCCGGGUCAUGGUUCGAAGUUCAUCGAAAACACUGCAGGAGAGAAGCUGCAAUCUGUGAUCAACAGCGCUUUAGCUUUCCGUGAAGAACAAAAAAAAAUCAUGAUUGAGAAUGACUUAACUCUCGGUGAUGUGACCACCCUCAAUUUGACCGUUAUUAAUGGAGGAGUACAAGUCAAUGUUCUGCCAGAACAACUAUCCUGCUGCUUUGAUAUUCGUGUUCCACCUACAGUUGACUACGAAGAGUUUGAUGCCCAGAUCGCAAGCUGGUGUCAGAAAGCCGGCCCUGACGUCAGCUACGAAUUUUUGCAGACUAGCCGACCGACUGAGCAAAAGACCGUAGAUUUCAAGAAUGAGAACAAAAAUAUAACGUCUACUAGUUUGGAUGAUCCUUGGUUCGCAGCUUUCGAUGCCGCGCUCAAACAAGAGGCUUGUGAAUACUCCACUGAAAUCUUUACUGGGGCCACUGAUUCCAGAUUCAUUCGUGAGCUCGGCUAUCGCUCAAUCGGUUUCAGCCCCAUGAUCAAUACUCCCUCUCUUCUGCAUGACCACAAUGAAUUUUUGAAUGAGAAGGUUUAUUUGAGAGGAGUGGAAAUCUAUGAAACAUUGAUCGAAAAACUUGCGGAAGUGCAAGUGAAUUAA